GCCACACUGCCAGCUCCGAAGUGCUAAACAGGUGUGUGUAGACAGCCUCAGGAAGACUCAACCCAGGUGGACUUUGUGAAAAUCCAUUUCUAUACCAUUUUUCACCAUCUGUCUCCUUACCCUAAAGUUCCUUUAUGUAGCUCGAAAUGCCAAAGACUGUAUGGUUUCCUACUACCAUUUCCAGAGGAUGAAUCAAGUGCUACCCGACCCUGGAACCUGGGAAGAGUAUUUUGAAACCUUCAUUGAUGGAAAAGUGGGUUGGGGCUCCUGGUUUGACCAUGUGAAAGGAUGGUGGCAGAAGAAAGACACACACCAGGUUCUCUUCCUCUUCUACGAGGACAUAAAGAAGGACCCAAAACAUGAGAUUCAGAAAGUGGCACAGUUCAUGGGAAAGAGCUUGGAUGAAACGGUGCUGGAUAAAAUUGUCCAAGAGACAUCAUUUGAGAAAAUGAAGGAGAAUCCCAUGACAAAUCGUUCUACAGUUCCCAAAUCCAUCCUGGACCAGUCCAUUUCCCCCUUCAUGAGAAAAGGAACUGUGGGGGAUUGGAAAAACCACUUCACUGUGGCCCAGAAUGAAAAGUUUGAUGAAAUAUAUAGGGAGAAGAUGAAAGGAGUCACUAUAAACUUCUGCAUGGAACUCUGAGGAGGUAGUAAAUAAAAAGUUGGAAGACAAGAACACAAACGCUGUCUUCAAUCCUCAGCCACAGCCAGAUGCAUCUCUGAAAGCACAUUGGAAAUGUUUAUGAUUGUGGUACAAACCAUCUCUGUAAUUAUGAACCAUAUGUCACAGCUUUGCAAAAAGGAUCAUGUCUAAUGCCUAUUUUCUCCUCUAUUUUUU